UCGGCCUGAGCCGUGAGCCGGUGCUACUGCUGCAGGACUCGUCCGGGGACUACAGUCUGGCGCACGUCCGCGAGAUGGCUUGCUCCAUCGUCGACCAGAAGUUCCCUGAAUGUGGUUUCUAUGGAAUGUAUGAUAAGAUCCUGCUUUUUCGACAUGACCCUACCUCCGAAAACAUCCUUCAGCUGGUGAAAACGGCUAGCGAUAUCCAGGAAGGCGAUCUUAUUGAAGUUGUCUUGUCAGCUUCUGCCACCUUUGAAGACUUUCAGAUUCGCCCCCACGCUCUUUUUGUUCAUUCAUACAGAGCUCCAGCUUUCUGUGAUCACUGUGGAGAAAUGCUGUGGGGGUUGGUGCGUCAAGGCCUCAAAUGUGAAGGAUGCGGUCUGAAUUACCAUAAGAGAUGUGCAUUUAAAAUCCCCAACAACUGCAGUGGCGUGCGGAGGAGAAGGCUCUCCAACGUUUCCCUCACUGGGCUCAGCACCGUCCGCACGGCGUCUGCUGAGCUCUCCACCAGUGCCCCUGACGAGCCCCUUCUGAUUCUAACCAUGACUGUCAAGGAGGCUUAUAAGAUUGUGACCCAAUCAGAUAUUUGUGAGCAAAAGUCACCAUCAGAGUCCUUCAUUGGUCGAGAGAAGAGGUCGAAUUCUCAGUCCUACAUUGGACGACCAAUUCAGCUCGACAAGAUUUUGAUGUCUAAGGUUAAAGUGCCGCACACGUUCGCCAUCCACUCGUACACCCGGCCCACUGUGUGCCAGUACUGCAAGAAGCUGCUCAAGGGGCUUUUUAGGCAGGGCCUGCAGUGCAAAGAUUGCAGAUUCAACUGUCACAAACGUUGUGCAUCCAAAGUACCAAACAACUGCCUCGGAGAAGUGACCAUUAAUGGAGAUUUGCUUAGCCCUGGGGCAGAGUCUGAUGUGGUUAUGGAGGAAGGGAGCGAUGACAAUGACAGUGAAAGGAACAGUGGGCUCAUGGAUGAUAUGGAAGAGGCAAUGGUUCAAGAUGCUGAGGUGGUGAUGGCGGAGUGCCAGAAUGACAGUGGGGAAAUGCAGGACCCAGACCCCGACCCGGAGGACUCCAACAGAACCAUCAGUCCAUCAACAAGCAACAAUAUCCCGCUCAUGAGAGUAGUGCAGUCUGUCAAACACACGAAGAGGAAAAGCAGCACAGUGUUGAAAGAAGGAUGGAUGGUCCACUACACCAGCAAGGACACCCUGCGGAAACGGCACUAUUGGAGACUGGAUAGCAAAUGUAUUACCCUCUUUCAAAAUGACACCGGAAGCAGGUACUACAAGGAAAUUCCCUUAUCAGAAAUUUUAUCUCUGGAACCAGCAAAACCUUCAGCUUUAAUUCCUAAUGGGGCCAAUCCUCAUUGUUUUGAGAUCACUACAGCCAACGUAGUGUAUUACGUGGGAGAAAACGUGGUCAAUCCUUCCAGCCCACCACCAAAUAGCAGUGUCCUCACCAGUGGCGUUGGUGCAGAUGUGGCCAGGAUGUGGGAGAUGGCGAUCCAGCAUGCCCUCAUGCCCGUCAUUCCCAAGGGCUCGACUGUAGGUUCAGGAACCAACUCGCACAGUGAGUCUGCUCUAGGAGAUAUUUCUGUGAGUAUUUCGGUAUCAAAUUGCCAGAUUCAAGAAAAUGUGGACAUCAGCACAGUAUAUCAGAUUUUUCCUGAUGAAGUACUGGGUUCUGGGCAAUUUGGAAUUGUUUAUGGAGGAAAACAUCGUAAAACAGGAAGAGAUGUAGCUAUUAAAAUCAUUGACAAAUUAAGAUUUCCAACCAAACAAGAAAGCCAGCUUCGUAAUGAGGUUGCAAUUCUACAGAACCUUCAUCACCCUGGUGUUGUAAAUUUGGAGUGUAUGUUUGAGACGCCUGAAAGAGUGUUUGUUGUUAUGGAAAAACUCCAUGGAGACAUGCUGGAGAUGAUCUUGUCAAGUGAAAAGGGCAGGUUGCCAGAGCACAUAACGAAGUUUUUAAUUACUCAGAUACUUGUGGCUUUGCGGCAUCUUCACUUUAAAAAUAUCGUUCACUGUGACCUCAAACCAGAAAACGUGUUGCUGGCAUCGGCAGAUCCUUUCCCCCAGGUGAAACUUUGUGACUUUGGUUUUGCACGGAUCAUUGGAGAAAAGUCUUUCCGGAGGUCAGUGGUGGGUACCCCAGCUUACCUGGCUCCUGAGGUUCUAAGGAACAAGGGCUAUAACCGCUCUCUAGACAUGUGGUCUGUUGGAGUCAUCAUCUAUGUAAGCCUAAGUGGCACGUUCCCAUUUAAUGAAGAUGAAGACAUACAUGACCAAAUCCAGAAUGCAGCAUUCAUGUAUCCACCAAAUCCCUGGAAGGAAAUCUCUCAUGAAGCCAUCGAUCUUAUCAAUAACUUGCUGCAAGUAAAAAUGAGAAAGCGCUAUAGUGUGGAUAAGACCUUGAGUCAUCCUUGGCUACAGGAUUAUCACACUUGGUUAGAUUUACGAGAGCUAGAGUGCAAAAUCGGGGAACGCUACAUCACCCAUGAAAGCGACGACUUACGGUGGGAGCAGUAUGCAGGCGAGCAGGGGCUGCAGUACCCUGCUCACCUGAUCAAUCCGAGUGCUAGCCACAGUGACAGUCCUGAAGCUGAAGAAACAGAGAUGAAAGCCCUCAGUGAGCGUGUCAGCAUCCUCUGAGUUCCAUCCCCUAUAAUCUGUCAAAACACUGUGGAAUUAAUAAAUACAUACGGUCAGGUUUAACAUUUGCCUUGCAGAACUGCCAUUAUUUUCUGUCAGAUGAGAACAAAGCUGUUAAACUGUUAGCACUGUUGAUGUAUCUGAGUUGCCAAGACAAAUCAACAGAAGCAUUUGUAUUUUGUGUGACCAACUGUGUUGUAUUAACAAAAGUUCCCUGAAACACUAAACUUGUUAUUGUGAAUGAUUCAUGUUGUAUUUAAUGCAUUAAACCUGUCUCCACUGUGCCUUUGCAAAUCGGUGUUUUUCUUACUGGAGACUCAAUUUGGGUAAGAGUCCAUAGAACCUGUCCAUGAAAUAGUUCUGUUCUGUGUGUCCCAUUGGCAUUGUCAUUAUAAGGAAACUCUUGAAGAGUAGAUUAUUACCAGUUCUAUGAACAACUCCAAAACUCACGUGGAAAAAAAAGCAAAUGAUGGGGGAUUGAAGAUGGACAUACAAUCCUAGACACAAAUGCAUGGAAGAGUUUACUGUAUAGUUUCAAAUCCUUUGCCUGCCUGGUGUGCCUCUGUAUGUUCGAACUCAAAUAAGUGGACCUAGGUGCACCUAAUACUCAUAAGCCUAAAUGCCUUAGAAAUGUAAACCGCCGUGUAUUACAGAUAUGUCCCCCUUUCUUACAAUACCCUCUGUACUAUGGAAAAUCAGCAGCUAAGCAACCUUUUGCCUUUGUGUAUUUUUCAAUAAUAACAAAUAAAAUAUUCUUGUCAAA